UCAAGCAGCCACCAAUAAUAACUUAAUUUAGCUCUCUCUCUCUCUCUGCAGCUAGGCCAUAUGCAUCUCUCCUCCCUCUUCUCUUGUACUUACUUGUGCUUGCUCUCUUCCAUUCUUUUCUUCCCUAAUUGAUCUCCUAGAGAGUUGAGAGUUGAGAGAGUAGUUAAGGGGCAAGCUAAUUAAGCUAGUGAGAGCUAGUGGAGGUACAUGGCUAUAUAUAUGGUUGUAUGAGUUGCACCCUCCAAGGGGAUCAUACAUCGACCUCAUCAUCCAAUCCACCAACUGACCAACAACAUUUAUACUACUAGUAGUAGAAGAAGAAGCUCUAGAUAGCUAUAUAUCCCAGCUGCUGCAAAGGUAGUAGACAGCAAUGUCGCAGAGGAGAGUUGCAGGGCCCAUGGGAGUGAUGAGCAAGCAGCAGCAGGAGGCCAUGGCAGAGGAGAUGAUGGAGCUGAGGCGAGGACCAUGGACCCUCGAGGAAGACAACCUCCUCAUGAACUACAUUGCCUGCCAUGGCGAAGGCCGCUGGAAUCUCCUCGCCCGCUGCUCCGGGUUGAAGAGGACGGGCAAGAGCUGCAGGCUAAGAUGGCUCAACUACCUCAAGCCUGACAUAAAGCGCGGGAAUCUGACGCCGGAGGAGCAGCUGCUCAUUCUUGAGCUCCAUUCCAGGUGGGGAAACAGGUGGUCGAGGAUAGCGCAGCAUCUGCCGGGGAGGACGGACAACGAGAUCAAGAACUACUGGAGGACGAGGGUGCAGAAGCAGGCCAGGCAGCUCAAGGUCGACGCCAACAGCACCGUCUUCCGCGACGCCGUCCGCUGCUAUUGGAUGCCUCGCCUCCUCGAGAAGAUGGCCGGAGCAGCCACCGACCCCACUCCGCCGCCGCCACCGCCACUCCACCACCACGCCGCCAUGGCCACCGCCUCCUCCUCGCCGUUCGACUUCGACACCCACCUGCAGCAAGCAGAAGCAGCAACGGCGUGCGUCGUCCCGAACAACGUGUACCACCACCACAUCGACCCGAGCCCGAGCACGUCGACGUCGGCCGGCUCGACGGCGGCCGCGGCGGCGUUCCAGCCGCUGCCCUGCUUCUCCGAGCUGAGAUGGGACCAGCAGAUGCAGUCCUCCGGCGAGCUCGACGACGGCGCCGCCGGCGUGUUCGUCGACUCGGCGUCGGCGCUGGGAAGCCUCAGCCUCGACGGGCUGGACCUUGGUCCGGCCGAGUACUACUCCGACUCGACGCUCCUCGACUACCUCAACUCCAGCUGCACCGGCAGCGCCAUGAUGACGAUGAUGACCGCCUCCGGCAACGCCGGCAGCUACAACUACUGCGGCGGCGCCAUGGACGGCGGCGACACGUGGAGGUCCGACGAGGUGUGCCAAGCGGCGGCGAGAAAGCUCGGCGAGUGGGGAGGAGGAAUCUAGCUAGCUAGCUAGGUAGCUACGUAUCCAGCUGAGCUUAGCUGUAGCUAAAGGCUAAGUGGAUGGAUGGAUCAUGGAUAGAUGAGAUGGUAAGUUGCUUCUUGUGAUGUCUCUCCAUUAAAGCGAGAUGAGAUGAUGAUCAUGAUGAUGAUGUUGAUGAUGCUGUCACAUUAGCUAAUGGAUGAGUUGUUCCAUCAUAUCGAUCAAGAUAGAAGUACUAGUGAUCGAUCAAGCAAAAAUCAAAAGUAGAAGAUGAUCAAUAGCGUGAUGAUUCCGAUCGAUGGAGAGAAUAUUAUUGAGAUGUGUUUAAACAUAUUAGCUAGAGCUAGCUAGCUUCUUGUAGUGGUUGAUCGAUCGAUGGUGCAUGUAACUAUUGUUAGUAGUAGUACUUUGUUAAUGUAAUUGUGUACGUACGUAUGUGUGUUCUCUCUUUGUUUGUUCUUGUUAAAAGGCGAUUCAAUUAGCUUUGAUUUGUUGGGUUUGUGAAA